AUGGCGUCAUCUAGCAGCACAUACCGGAGCUCGAGCUCUUCCGACGGCGGUAAUCCAACGGAUUCCGCCGUCGCCGUCGACGAGCGGAAACGAAAGAGAAUGCUAUCGAAUCGUGAAUCUGCUCGUAGAUCUAGGAUGCGUAAACAGAAACACGUCGACGAUCUAACGGCUCAGAUCAAUCAGCUUUCAAGCGACAACCGUCAGAUCUUGACGAGCCUCACCGUCACAUCUCAGCUUUACAUGAAGAUCCAAGCCGAGAACUCCAUUUUGGCCGCUCAGAUGUCAGAGCUAAGCACCAGACUCGAGUCGUUGAACGAGAUCGUCGAUCUCGUGACGACGACGAACGGUGCAGGGUUCGGUGGCGUCGAUCAGAUCGACGGCUGUGGAUUCGAUGAUCGUACGGUUGGAAUUAAUAGCGACGGAUAUUACGAUGAUAUGAUGAGCGGCGUUAAUCCUUGGGGUGGUUCGGUUUACACUAACCAACCCAUCAUGGCUAAUGAUAUCAAUAUGUAUUAA